UUCAAAACGGAAUAAAUCUCACUUAAUUGAUCGUCAAACUAGUUACAAAUUACACAUUAAUUUGAGUCUGUAAUUAUCGAUAAUUUUAUUAACAGGCAAUUAAUCGAUUUCAAAAUUGAUCGUAUAAACGAAAUAACUAAUAUGGAGGUGAACUGUUGGAACAUUUAAAAUAAAACAGAGUCCGUUUCCCUCAUUUAAAAAAACUGAUGUAGGUUUUGGUUUAGGAGUUACGAUAACAAAAAACAAUCCUACUUACUUAGCAUUAGAACAUCGGUUUUUGGUCACAAAACCCACUUACCGUGGGUUACUGAGUCCAAAAUCCUGGCAUUAUCUGUGUUUUGUCAAAAAUAAUGACAGAUGACGAUAUACUUUAUACAGAGAGUCUCGGAAAUACUAGAGGGUUAGAAUUUAGCAACGUUAAGAAAGGUUUUUAAAUAUCAUUUCGAUUUAUUUAAGAAAAGGUCGAGAAAAAUGUUAAAUACAAAGAUUUUCCAUUAAAAUAUUAUCUAAAUGGAAUAUAUUAUUAUAUCUAUGUUAAUUGCUUCUUCCAUUUUGUGUCCACGGUCGUAAUAUUUGUACAAAAACAUAAAUGAAGUAACAAAACGUGUCAUCCCUCUCUUUAUUUUGAGAAAAACAGAGACAAAAUAAUGUUCCAAUACAAAUAUUACGACAGUGGAAACUAUUAAAUAAUCCGUAGACAAUCUUCGCAAUCGUAGUUUCCAGUAUCGAACGUUGUCUUGUUCAUUAAGAGCAAAAGUGGAUGCCAAAAGGGCCAAAAGUUUGAAGAUAAUUUACAAUAUUUUGAUAAAUUUUUAUUAGUGUAAUCUGUGUUUAUUAUUUUCUUAUUCUGUGACCAAAAAAUCUGAAAUCUCGUAUGCAUUAAGAGGUUGCCUAGACAACUAAGAUUGCAAACAUUGUAUUCAAAAUAAAUUUAGUAGGUACUACGUAGAAACAGUACCUUGGUGGGUAAGGUAGUCAUGUCGGGUAGAUAAUAAAAAAAAGUUUUGAAGCGUACUUCAUUUGUAUUUUAGUACAUCAGCAAUUUAUAAAAUAUAGUUACUAUAAUUGGUUAUUGGUAUUUAAUAAAAUAUAUUAAUAAUAGACUUCAAAAUACGCUUCCCAUAUCGAGUAUUCAUUCGAAAGCCAAAGAUCAAAUCUCAAAGCUUUGAAAAUGACACAUCUCUAUAUAAUUAUCAAUGGAUUUUAAAAACAUAAUUUGUAUGGUUAAAACAAUUUUACACACACAACAAAUUUUAACUAUGUGCAGAGAACAUUAACCAUAAAUUUAUAACAUAUAGAUACCAAAUCCGAAGCACAUAAGGGACGCGAAAAAAGGUUUUAUGUUAUGGAAAAUUCGUCAGUAUAUCUCAGUAUUCUAUGCAUCUCCUCCUCCGUCGAUUAGAAGUAGGCAAUGCAUCUGCAAUUAUCUAUGGGCAACUGUUGCUUCGUUAUUUCAGCGAUUUCAGCUGGCCGCACACACGCUAGCUACCUUAUAAUAUAAAAAAAAAACAAAAUGACAUUUCUAAAAUCGAUUCUUUAAUAGACGUCAAACUUAAAUUAAACAUUCCAUCUAUAAGGUUAUAUCUGUGUUUCAAAAAUGUAUUCGACAUAUUUAAUAUGAUCCCGUUAUUUGUCAGUGUUUUGACAGAGUGAAUUCAUUAUUGUGAGUAACUUUGUGUCCACUAGUAACUAAAAGAAGAAGAAGAGUAACUUUGUGGAUGAUUCAUUUUGAUCAGGUAUUACGUUUCAACACCUAACACGACAAUGACGUGACGCUUGGGACAUCGAGAAAUAGCUCUUUAUAGGAUAUAAGGAUAAAGAGCAGAAGUAACCAGGAAAGAACACUUAUGCAUCGGCCUUUAAGGCUCUUUUGUUAAAGAACCCGAAAAGUACGCACCCAUUGUCCCGUGUCGUACGAUCAGCAUGCACGACUCGCAACGGAUUUUACUUUGCUUUUUAUGAUUUAACAUAGCGCUGCGUCCAUCAUCGGAGCUGCCCGCAUCCCAUCAGGACCAAGCAAAUUCGUUUAGACCGUGCGGUGCGUCCGGCGCGACCCAAUGGGCGCGUACCUUAAGUAGGGUCUCUUUCACUAUAUUAUUGACAGAAGUAAUCGAGUUAUGGUCAUCAUGGAUAAGCUUAGCUAACGAAAACCUGAUGUAUCUUAAUCUAACAACUGUACUGGAAAAUACAUUUGCAGUUAUACAAAAUUUAGCAUUCAGAGCUUCGAAGUAAUUUUGGAAGUUUCAAAAUGCUAAGCAAAUUCGGGCCCAGGGCCCAACAACGAUCGGAGUCAUGGUGACUUGUGAUAACGAGGGCUCGUCUCACGGCGGGUUCGUGCUGGGUGGUCGCGAGGAUGACACACGCCGGUCCCGCGCACCUAGUAUAUCCUCGCUUUCUCUCUACAAGCAGAAGAUUGACGCCCUCUUCGAUGAUACCCGCUCGGUGACAAGCCUGCCCCGCUACGGGGCCACCGCAGAUGCUGUUCGAAGAGAUAGCAAAGUGAGUUUGAUACACGACCAUCAGGCGUUAAUAUACGAAGACGAUGAUGAUUACUGUCACAGGAUGAUGAAAAAGAUCGAUGGCUCCGUUCAGGACCGUAUAUCGAAGAUGUUCGCUGACAUGCACAACGAGCCCAGACAAAUACCCGACAAUAUCGGAGUUCACAUGUUCAGUGUACAUUAUCUGGGCUCAACACCUUUACAGAGUAAAGUCACCAGCCUAUCUGGACUUCAAACACCACUCAAAGAUUUAUAUUUCGCCUACAGGAGGAACUUUCGCCACAAAACAACGUUAACGGGCAGAUUAGAAAUAUCCAAUAGUGGUUUAAAAGUAAGAUAUAAAGGAGAUAAAGGGGAUUUGGAACAACUGAAUCCGUUCCCAACGAUAGCUGUAUGGUCAGCAGUAAAGUUUGUCGUACAACGCUCCGAUGACGAUGACAAUGAUUUGAGUUACGCUUUUAUGCCUCUAAUAACCGAUCCGGAUAACAUAGAUCGACAUGCAUUAUUCAAAACAUUAGAUACACCGGACAAAAAAUACAUCCUCUCCCACAACGAGAAUUCGCAUUCGCCUCUUUUCGCUGUAGUGAUGAGGAAGAUCGGAGUUGCUAAACAACUGGAGUGUCAUGGGUUUGUAUGUCAAACGUCAGAAGACGCAAUCGUUAUAGCAGCUACGUUAUACAAAUCUCUUAUGUCACACAUGAAUCGUCAAGGUCAUUCUGAUAAAAAUAAAUUCAAAAAUCGCAACGGCGUCAGCUGCAUGAGUAUAACCAGCAGUGUCCAAGAUCGCGACACUCCGAUCCGACCUCCGCGGAAAAAGCGAAGCACUUCGUCUUUAAGUGGAGACAGUGAUAGAGCUGACGGAUUCUCAGGGAGUGGGUCAUUCAGUGAUAAGACUAGAUUAGAAAGAAAGUCAUCAACUUCAUCAGAAAACGUAUUGAUAUAUCAUUCACAGCCAGUUCUAAACUAUGAAUCGAAACGAAUAACACUAGAAGAAGUUAAGGCUAAAUUAGAUACGAUUAAACAGGAUGCUAGUGGUAGUAACACACCGGAACAAAAGAAACCAACUCAAGAAUUUAAUAGUUCUAAUAAUAUUUAUACUAAACAAAAACAUGGCAGUACUGAAUCUACAGUACGAAGUCAAGUGUCAGAGAAGAUUGAAUUAUUUAGGGAAUUGGAGAGAAGAAAAAGUAUUCAAAGGCCACCGACUUUACCACCUCCCAUACCAUCGAAACCGCAGUUGCCACCACCGGACCCACCAACCAAAGAAACAUUAAGACGAACGCAGAGCGGAAGAAAGUCAUUAAGUGAGUCGGGAGACAUUUUGACAAAAGUGGCUAUACCCCGCUCUGGAAGUUUUUUAAAUGCCGGUGGAUUGACUCGCUACAAGUCUAUAGGACAUAGAAACAACGGCAAGAAAGGAGGCGGUUCACCAUUGGGUUUUAACGAACUAUUUAACGAAUUUAAAGUACAGGAAAAUUUACAUUCUAUGGAUGAAAUACUCAAUGCCAUAAUAGAUCCUGAAGGAAUGUCAUUCAAUGAUCUGAAACCUAUUUACAAAGAGUUUCUGUUAAAAUUAGCAGUAACAUUAACGAAAGACGAAAUAUUUCAACACAGCAAAGCGAUAAUGAAGAAGCAAAAGAAGAAGAUAUUAAGACGCAAUAAUACAUUCCAAAGCAAAAGAAGAAAAAUAUUUAAAGGAGCUAGUGGACUAAAAAUGGUUUUUAGAUUACCUUUUAGUAAAGAUACUAGGAGAAAGGAAUCUAAGAAACAAAUAAGUGCGAUAGAAUCAGAAAUAGGUACUAAGGAACCGGUAUCAGAAAGUUCAGUUUCAACGUCAAGUUAUGAUAUUAGACAAUUCCGUCCGAAGGAAUCACCACCAAUACAACCGAAAAGACAAACAAUGCGACAAAGAAAGAGAUCAGAUAAAGUUGUUCACGUAUCAAAAAGGAAUGGAAAAGUAUCAAGACCUGGAGAGAGGACAUCUACAUCUGAAGAUUCAGAUUUUUUGACUCUUAGCAAUCGUCUUGGUUGUCAAAAUAGGAACAGUUCAAGUGGUUAUGUGUCUUGUUCAGAAUGUGAGUCGGAGAGCUGCGUAGAUCGUUGCUAUUGUUCAUUAAAAGGUGAAUGCAAAACAAAAUGUUACUGUUCGGAAAUUGAUCUCGCUAAAGAACCAUCGAAGACUCGUUUGAUUAGUAAAAGCUGUAAAGAUUGCUCCAAAGAAGUGUACGAUGGAGACUACAGUUACUGUUCUUGUGAUUCUGAGAGUUGUGAAGAUAGUAACAAAUGUUACUGCACCAGCCCACGUAGAAGUACUAUGCAAAGUUCUCAGAGUUUAGAAUAUCUGCGCAGUCCCACACAAAGGAGCUACUCGGAUAGAAUGAAGCGCGCCUUUGAUGACUAUGACUAUAAAGUCACUAGAGCGAGAUCAAGUGCUGCGUCGAGCCGUCGCCGCGAGGAGCGAGCUCGGCGCGCGCGCAGCUCCGACAGCCUGGCGCUGGACUACGAGCUGCUGCUGCAGAACAAGCCGCGAGAUGCCGCCCGCCGCAACAUGCAGCGUCUUACUGUUCGCAGUACCGGUGCAGGCUCACACGACGCUCUCAGUGUUAAGAAGUCAGCAGAGAUGGCGGCUCUGUUCGCAGACGUCCGUCUAUCUCAGAGAACAGAUGUACGCUCUCUGGCCGGAGGGCGAAGGUCCAGGCCUCCGCCCCUGCCGCCGACCCCGCCGCGGAACGCCCCGCAAAUAGCUAGAAUGUUCGACCACAUGCCUUUAAGCAGGAACGCUAGUCUUGAAGACACUUUAGGGUAUUUGCCCUAG